AUGACGAGCCUGAGGAAUGGAUGCGAAAUACAUCAGAAUGAAGAGAGAGAGAAUCUUUACCACACAGAGUCCUGGAAAACAGAGGAUUUGCUCCAAAAUUUUACACAACUAUUACUUUUACAAAAAUCUUUUCCAAGAGGCUGGGAGACCAGAAAAAGCUGGCAUAAAUGUAGAAGGGAGCAGAGAGGACUUCUGAUUGAGAUCCAAGACUUAUUUAAGCCAAACCUGGAUACCCAGGAAGAGCCUCAACUAGUCAUAUUAGAGGGGGCUGCUGGGAUUGGGAAGUCAACACUGGCCAGGCAGGUGAGGAGAGCAUGGGAGGAAGGCCAGCUCUACAGGAAUCGCUUCCAGCAUGUCUUCUACUUCAGCUGCAGAGAGCUGGACCAGUGCAAACAGCUGAGUCUGGCUGAGCUCAUAGCAAAAGACCAGACUGUGCCUGUAGCUCCCAUUAGGAAGAUUCUGUCUCAGCCCAAGAAGCUGCUCUUCAUCCUGGAUGGUAUAGAUGAGCCAGCAUGGGUCUUGGGAGAGAAAAAUCCCAACUUCUGUGUGCACUGGAGCCAGCCACAGCCUGUGGACACACUGCUGGGCAGUUUGCUGAGGAAAUCCAUCCUGCCUGGGGCUUCCUUGCUGCUCACAGCUAGGACUACAUAUCGACAGAAGUUCAUCCCUUUCUUGAGGCAGCCAUGUUGGGUGGAAGUCCUGGGCUUCUCCAAGUCUGGACGGAAGAAAUAUAUCUACAAAUAUUUCACAGAGAAAAGAGAAGCAAUUAAAGCUUUUAGCUUGGUUAAAUCAAACCCAGUGCUCUCGACACUAUGUGUGGUACCCUGGGUAUCCUGGCUGGUCUGCACUUACCUGAAGCAGCAGAUGCAACAGAGAGGAAACCUCUCACUGACCUCACAGACCACCACAGACCUCUGCCUGAAAUACCUUUCCCAAAUUCAUCCAGGUCAUGCCCUGGGGACCCAGCUGCAAAGGCUCUGCUCACUGGCUGCAGAGGGGAUCUGGAGAAGAAGGACAUUGUUUAGUGAAUUCGAUCUCUACAUGCAAGGGUUAUCUGAGUCUGUCGCUGCCCAUUUCGUGAAGAUGGGUGUCCUUCAAAAGCAGCCCAGCUCUAUGAGUUACAGCUUUGCCCACUUGUAUCUCCAGGAGUUCUUUGCAGCGAUGUUCUGCAUCUUGGAGAUUAAUGUGCAGAGUCAUAGUUAUAUGUAUGUCUACAGAAUUGUGAAAUUACUGAAGGAAGUCUAUGGAAGGCGAAAUCUGUUUGAGGCACCCUUUGUGCACUUCCUAUUUGGUCUUUUAAAUGAAAAGGGAAUGAGAGAGAUGGAGAAGAUCUUUGCCUGCAGGUUGCCUUGGGAGACAAAGUUGUACCUGCAACAGUAUAUCCUAGAGGAAAUCCAAUGGCAUCAACCAUAUUCUCUGGGUUUAUUCCAUUGUCUGUAUGAGAUUCAGGAUGAACAUUUCCUGACAGUUGUUAUGCACAAUUAUCAAGGAACAAGGGUAUACUCCCCAGUGGAUAUGGUACACCCAGUUUUCCUGACAAACACGAAGUACCUUUUGGUCCAGACAGACGUGGCGCUCAUGGUGGUCACUUUCUGCAUUAAGUUCUGCAGCCAUGUGAAAAGGCUUCAGCUGAAUGGGAGUGGACAGCAGGGACAAAUGCCGAUGGCCCCCAGGAUGCUUCUGUUCCGGUGGACCCCAAUCACUAAUGCCAGUUGGCAGAUUCUCUUCUCCACUCUUGAGUUCACAGGAAGCCUGGAGGAGCUGGAUCUAAGUGGAAAUCCACUGAGUUACUCCGCAGUACAAAGUCUUUGUAGGACCCUGAGAUGCCCUGGAUGUCACCUUAGGACAUUGUGGCUUGUCAACUGUGGUCUCACAUCCAACUACUGUCUGGCCCUGGCUUCAGUGCUCAGGGCAGGCUCAAGCCUGGCUGAGCUAGACCUACAGCUGAAUGACCUGGGAGACCAUGGUGUGAGGCUGCUAUGUGAGGGGCUCAGGAGUCCUGCCUGCAAACUCAGAAUCCUGUGGCUGGACCAGGCCCCUCUCAGUGAUGAGGUGAUGAUGGAGCUCAGGGCCCUGGUGACAGAGAAUCCACAGAUGCUCAUCUCCAGCACAUGGAAGCCACAUGUGAUGGUCCCUAAUAAGAACCCGGAUGGAGAAGAAAUGGUUGAUAGCCUGACCUCAUUCAAGCAUCAGAGACUACAGUCAGAACACAAGCACAUGGAACCACUGGGGACUGAAGAUGACUUCUGGGGCCCUACAGGACCUGUGGCUACAGAGGUGGUUGACAAAGAGAGGAACCUGUACCGAGUUCAGUUCCCUGUGCCUGGUUCCUACCACUGUCCCAACACAGGACUCCGCUUUGUGGUGACAAGGGCCGUGACCAUUGAGAUUGGAUUCUGUUCCUGGAGCCAACACCUGGACAAGACUCCCUUGCAGCACAGUCACAUGGUGGCUGGGCCUCUGAUUGACAUCAAGGCUGAGCAGGGAGCUGUGACUGCUGUGUACCUCCCUCAUUUUGUGGAUCUCCAAGAGGGACAGGUGGACAUCUCCUGGUUCAUUGUGGCCCACUUUCAAGAACAUGGGAUGGUCCUAGAAACUCCUGCCAGAGUGGAGCAGCACCACACAAUCUUAGAAAACCCAAGCUUCUCCCCAAUGGGAAUUCUACUGAGAAUGAUCCCUGCUGUCAGACACUUCAUCCCCAUCACUUCCAUCACAUUGAUCUACUAUCACCUCAAUCUGAAGGAAGUCACCCUUCAUCUCUACCUAAUUCCCAAUGACUGCACCAUUCGGAAGGCCAUUGAUGAUGAAGAAAUGAAAUUCCAAUAUGUUCGAAUAAACAAGCCACCCCCCGUAGAGUCUCUUUAUAUUGGCUCCCGCUACACAGUGUCUGCUUCUAAGAAGCUGGAAAUCAUCCCAAAGGAACUGGAGCUGUGCUACAGGAGCCCUGGGGAAUCCCAGCUCUUCUCUGAGAUCUAUGUUGGUCACAUGGGUUCAGGGAUUAAGCUCCAAAUCAAAGACAAGAAGCAUAAGAAUCUCAUUUGGGAAGCCUUGCUGAAACCAGGGGACCUCAGACCUACACCGCCCAUGAUCCCUGCAACACACAAAGAUGCUGCUGCCUUGCCACACUUCCUGGACCAGCAUCGAGAGCAGCUGGUGGCCCGAGUGACAUCAGUGGACUCUCUCUUGGACAAGUUGCAUAGUCUAGUGCUGAGUGAAGAGGAUUAUGAGGCAGUGCGGGCUGAGGCCACCAACCAAAACAAGAUGAGGAAGCUCUUCAGCCUCAGUAGGUCCUGGAGCUGGGACAGUAAAGACCAAGUCUACCAAGCUCUGAAGGAGACACAUCCUCACCUGAUCAUGGACCUCUAUGAGACGUCAAGAAGUUUCUCUGUGAGAUCCUGACAUCUUAGUGGCUGAGGGGUGAGCACUCAAAUGAUUCCUGACUCUGCCUAACUUCCUUUGGCUACUAAAUCUAUAAACCAGUGGUCAUCUCAGUGGCCUUUCUGAUGGCAGAGUUUCCAGGACACCUCUUAAGGAACCAGAUGUUCCCUCUUGAACUUCCUCAGCCAGAUGUUCAUGUGGGAUGAGCAUCUCAGGAAACUUCCAAUGGAGCCAGCAAUCUAUUCAAGUCUUGUCCAGCCUGCUCAUAAUACAAGCAGGACUGGAGAGCAUGGAAAUGGAGAUGAUGAGAUGGUACUUUCCCUGGAAAGUGAAUAUCUAAUGAAUAGGAAAGGAAGGAGGGCUUCUCAAACAUUUCCUACCCUCAAA